AUGACAGUCUUGACUGGCACGAGCCUGCGCGCACAUGCUCGAUCGGUUGUCGCUUGUCGCAACGGUCGCAAUUCAAGCGCCCAUAAUCAAAGUGAAGUAGCCACUACAUACGCAGACUGCCUAACAUAACCGUAAUCCAGGAAUAAAGGUUACACGGGAUAAAGAUUAGUGAUUCUUUACAAUAUAUUAUUACGAAUGCCUAUAAUAACAGUGUAACAUCGGAUUAUUGUCACACGAGUGUUAUUGUUCGAAAUACAUACAGUUUUUGCAAUUUGCGCCUUUCUUCGCUUAUGAUGAACUCUUUCCAUUUUUGUUGUUGCGGCGUUCUCAACUAAAUUCAGAUGCGGUGCAACAGGAACACGUGAUUGAAUUUUGUUCAUGAUUGAACUAUAUGUAGAAAAUAAAUAAAUUCUACUAUUUGCUGAUGCACAAUUAGUUCAGAUGAAAGUAUAUCAGAUAGUAUAACGACGAUACCCCAACAUGGAAAAUCGUAAAAAAAUAAGACGUUAUAAAAUGGGUUUAUACAAGAACUACGAAAAAUUAUACGAGUACAAUGUAUCUCGCACAUCAGCAAUAUGGAAAACUCUUGCCAUAGCUCGACAUUGUAAUAUUGAAAAUAAUACUGGAGUCCAUAAAGGCAUCAGAAAUGCUGCUUGUAGAGACGAUUACAAUAACAUUGCCGAACAACUUGGGGAUUGCAGCGAGAGAUCUGAUGCGAAUGACAUUACCAUGCAGUAUUCCCCAUGUACGACAAAGACAGCAAGAAAUAAAGGAGGUAAUGACGACACAAUUAACAGUAAUAAAUUUAACAGUAGUGACAUAGAUUGCAUCGACGAUGAAAAUGAAAUAAAUAACGAAGAAAGUAUGGAUAAUAGAAUAACGGACGACUGUGAUGACAACGAAAGUGAAACGAGAAAAGAAAAAGAUGACGAAGAUAGUUAUAUUACCGGAAGCGAUGUGGAUGACAACGAUGAAUGUACGAGUAUUGAGGAGCAAACGAGUGAAGAAGACGAUAUCGCAUUCGACGAUACUGUAUUAUUUCCAGAGUCCAAUUUGACAAUACGAGACAUAAUGAUAAUAGUCGUCGCAUUUUCACUCCGAUUUAAGCUGUCAGACGUUGCAAAAUCUGCGCUUAUAAACAUGAUAAAAUUAUUGGCCGGGCCAAAAUUCGAAAAAAUUAAUAUUUCCAAAUAUACUUUAGCUAAAGUAUUCGAUCCACCAGACAGCAAAGUAGUUUAUUACUAUUUCUGCGACAAGUGUCAUAAAAUUCUGUAUUCGACGUCGAGAAAAAAGUUUAUAAAACAAUCAAUAACGUGUGACUCUUGUAAAAAAAAACAUGUAAUUUCAUUGAGAUCCAAUAAUUACUUCAUGUCACUUGAUGUAAGAUAUCAGUUAGAAAUGCUUUUUUCUCACGAAGCAAUCAAAGCUGAGAUAUUCGAUUUUAUUUCAUCAAAAAGUAAUAGUCAUGCCAAUAACUUAAAUAUUAUAACAGAUAUUUACGACAGUGAAAUUUAUAGAAAUAUUUCGAAAGAUGUUAAUUUCAUAGUAACAUUCAAUUACAGUACUGAUGGCGCCCCUUUAACUAAAAGUGAGAAACGAGGAUUUUGGCCACUACAAAUAAUUAAAUUGUUUACCACCUAAGAGUAGAUUUAAAUACGUUCUUUUAGCCGGUCUACU